UUGAGAUUUGGUGUAUUUCACAAAUAUACAAGCAAUACAAAUGUGUUUGAGCAUGCAAAAAAGUACUAUUCAAUUUCUGAGAAUCAUAUGCCUCAAGAGAUAAACAUACAAACACUUGAAACGUUGGGUAAUUGGACUGUCAAUGGAGCUUGGAAUCAAUCAUUCACAGCCCAUCCAAAGAAAGUUCCAGUUACAGGUGAACUUGUUAUAAUGGGAACCUAUCCAAUAAAGCCUUAUUUUGAGCUAGGUGUCAUUUCAGCUGAUGGAAAACAAAUGGUUCACAAGGUGGAUCUCAACUUCAAUAAGUGUAUUCUUUGCCAUGAAAUGGGAGUUACAGAAAGGUACAAUGUGAUAUUGGAUUUUCCACUAACUCUUGACCUAAACAGACUUAUUAGAGGAAAACAAUUAAUAGAAUAUGAUGAAGAUGGUUAUGCAAGAAUUGGAAUAAUGCCACGUUAUGGUGAUGCUAAUUCCAUUAAAUGGUUUGAAGUUGAACCAUGUUAUGUAUUUCAUCUAAUAAAUUGUUUUGAAGAUAAAGAUGAGGUGGUGGUGAGGGCAUGUAGAUGUCGUCGAUGGAUUAUACCAAGACCAAACCUCACAAUAGAUGAGGCCGAGUUGAGUUUGGACUCAUCGAACGAGACGAGCUUCAGUAAAGAUGAUGUCGAAUCAUCAAAAGAUCUUUUUUCUUUUUUUAAUAUUUGUGAAUGGAGAUUAAACAUGAUAACAAGUGCAGUGAAGAUGAAAAAUCAAACUACAGCUGAUCAUCAAUUUAUUAUGGAAUUUCCAAUUAUCAAUGAACACUUCAUCGGUAUUAAAAACAAAUUUGGUUAUGUACAACUAUUUAAUUCAGAAACUUAUUCUAACUCUGGUGGAUUUGCUAAAUUUGGAGGGCUAGCCAAACUUCAUUAUGAAGAAAGACAAUUUGAAAUUUCUAAGGUUGAAUAUCACAUUUUUCCAAAGAAUACUUUUUGGAGUGGAGCUGCCUUUGUUCCAAAAGUUGAAGGUGUUGACGAGGAUGAUGGUUGGAUAGUUGCAUUUACACAUAAUGAAGAUACAAAUCAAUCUCAAGAGGUUGCAUUGGAAGUGCAUCAAAAUUCAACUCGUGGUGCUGUUGAAAAUGUUGGAACUACUGCAAAACCUAAUGGCAUAAUGAAUGAACCUGUACGUGCUGAUAGAACGAAUGCAUUCAGUAACAAAAGCUCAUCUGUUCUCUCUUGCAUACAAACAACAGUUGAUAUUCCUUUUCAAACAGCAGGUCCAUCCUCGUUUGAGCUCCUAGACCAUGCUCUUAUUGGACCUGGGCGUGAAGGAGGCAUAUCGGAAGGGAAACAUUAUGAAGCCAUUCUGGUAGACACGGAUUCUAUCGAAGUCGAGCAUUCAAUGAACGAAAGGAAUCCAGAGUUUAUUGAUUAUUCAAGAUUUACCAUCAAAAGGGACAUACCUGAGUUUUGCGCAAAAGAAGGAUGCAUAACCCUUCCAGAGCACAUCCAAAUGUGCAAAUUCUUCAUUAAAAAGAGAGUAUCAUACAUCAUCUCCUGGAACUUCGCCAAAGGAGAACAAGAUAGAAUUAAAUAUCUAUCAAAAGAAAUAAAGGUUAAAGGCUGGACUCCAAAGCCAGUUGCUCCAAAAACCCCUGACAAAGGAAGAAAAACAACAUCUUCAGCAAGUGUCUCUCAAGAUAAACAGGCACUUAGAGAAAGAUUGAAGAAGGCUUUACAGGAUAUGGAAAGCCAAGAAACUACCAACGAAGAAGUACUCCAGCUUCUAGAAGAAGCCUCCUCCACUGGAAGCAGUGACAACAAUGGGGAUGUGUUAAAUCCCAAAGGAAUUGCUAGGGCCUAUAUGGACCCCUACUAA